GCAGCAGGGAAUCCCGAAGCGCACAGGCCUGUCCCCGCUGGGGUGGGGGCUUCGGUGGGCUAGCCUCACCCUUCAGGUGUCCGAGCCCAGCGUCAGCCACCAUGUCCCACCAGACCCGUCUAGGCUCCUCAGAGCCAUGCGCCAACUGCCUGGACCUGUGGAAGGAAAAGAAUGACUGGCUCGUUCGACAGGCCAAGGUGGCUCAGGACUCCGGUCUGUCUCUGAGACGACAGCAGUUGGCUCAAGAAGCACUAGAAGGGCUCAGGGGGCUCCUCCAUAGUGUGCAAGGGCUCCCUGCAGAUGUUCCUGUUCUCCCUUUGGAGCUGACUGUCAUCUGCAACUUCAUUAUACUGAGGGUGAGCCUGGCCCAGGGUUUCACUGAAGACCAGGCCCAGGAUAUCCGACAGGGCCUAGAGAGAGUGCUGGCGACCCAGGAGCAGCUGGGACCCAGGUUGGAACGAGGGGUCUGGGAGCUGUGGGACUCAGUCCUCUGUGCUUCCUCCCUUCUGCCGGAGCUGCUCCCUGUGCUGCACCUCCUGGCCGGCCUGCAGGCUGCCCUCUGGCUGAGCACUGACCGUCUUGGGGACCUGGCUUUGCUGCUGCAGACCCUGAAUGGCAGCCAGAGUAGAACCUCUGAGCAUCUAUUGCUGCUUCUAAAAACUUGGAGCCCCCCAGCCGAGGAAUCAGAUGCCCCAUUGACCUUGCAGGAUGCCCGGGGCUUGAGGGAUGUCCUUCUGACAGCAUUUGCCUACCGCCAAGGCCUCCAGGAUCUGAUCACAGGGAGCCUUCCCAGGGCACUGAACAGCCUGCAUGAAGCGGCCUCAGGUCCGUGUCCACGGCCUGUGUUGGUCCAGGUGUACACAGCACUGGGGACCUGUCUCCGUAAGAUGGGAAAUCCACAGAGAGCACUGCUAUACUUGGUUGCAGCUCUGAAAGGGGGAUCAACUGGGGGUCCCCCACUUCUGGAGGCCUCCAGGUUAUAUCGGCAACUGGGGGACACAGCAGCAGAGCUGGAGAGUCUGGAGCUGCUGGUUGAGGCCUUGAGUGUCACCCACAGCUCUGAAGCUCCCCAACUUCUCAUUGAGGUAGAAUUGCUACUCCCACAACCCGACCCAGCCUCACCCCUUCACUGUGGCACACACAGCCAGGCCAAGCACCUGCUAGCAAGCCGAUGCCUACAGACAGGGAGGGCAGAAGAUGCUGCAGAGCAUUACUUGGACCUGCUGGCCCUGUUGCUGGAUGACUCAGAGCCAAGGUUCUCUCCACCUCCCUGCCCGUCAGGCCCCUGUAUGCCUGAGGUGUUCUUGGAAGCAGCAGCAGCACUGAUCCAGGCAGGACAAGCCCAGGAUGCUUUGACUGUAUGUGAGGAGCUGCUCAGCCGCACAUCAUCUCUGCUUCCCAAGAUGUCCUGGCUGUGGGAAGAUGCCAGAAAAGGAAACAGGGAACCUCCUCAGUGUCCACUCUGGGUCUCUGCCACUCACCUGCUUCAGGGCCAGGCCUGGGUACAACUGGGGGCCCAAAAGGAGGCAGUUAGUGAAUUUAGCUGGUGCCUUGAGCUGCUUUUCCGGGUCACACCUAAGGUCAAGGAACAAGGGGCACCUUCCGACUGUGAGCAGGGUUGUAGGUCGGAUGUGGUGCUGCAACAGCUUCGAGCAGCCGCCCUGAUUAGUCGUGGACUAGAAUGGGUAGCCAGUGGCCAGGAUACCAAAGCUCUACAGGACUUCCUCCUCAGUGUGCAAAUGUGCCCAGGUAAUCAAGAUGCUUCCUUUCACCUGCUUCAGACUCUGAGGAAGUUGGAUCGGAGGGAUGAGGCCACUGCUCUCUGGUGGAGGCUGGAUGCCCAAACUAAGUUGCCACAGGAAGAUGCUAUAUGGUCUCUCCCUCUGUACCUACAAACCUAUUUGAGUUGGAUCCAUCCCCCUGACCGUGAAGCCCUCCUUGAAGAGUUCCGGACAUCUCUGCUGGAGCCAUGUGACCUGUAGCUGCCAUGUUUCCAAGUGCUUGAGCCAGGGCCCCUGUGGGCCAUCUCUGUGGGGAGGGCUUUCUGCUUUACCAUCCUUGGGGAAUAUGGCUAGAGCUGAUCAUUGCUAUAUAACUCCUGCACUGGUGAGAUUGGUGGUAGUCCUACAAAAUUUUCCCUGGUUACUGCCGUUCUGGUUCUACAGGAAGCAUUCCCUGCCACCAACUCAUCAACUUUGCUCAUGGCACAUUUUUUCCUAUUUUCCCUUUUCUU